AUGCAUAGGCGGGUCCGACGGGUGAGAGCGGGCAAAGGCCACCACCUUAUGAGCAUAAGAAUGAAUAAGAAUGUUAGCUAUUCGAAGGCAACUACCCGAAAACUCAGAGACGAUCCGUUUAGUGCCAUCUAUGUCGGAACCCUCACUGGCUCACAUCAGAAAUUGGCGUGGCACAACAGCAGUCAAAAUGAAGUAGGUAUAGCUGUCUGUGGAAGUUUAGAAAGCAAGAUUACCACAGUUGAGCGAAUAAGUGAUCGACUUAUUAACGUAAAAAUUGGAGAAAAAUUGUUCGAUAAUCACUAUGCUCCAAAAGCCGGCAAGAAGGAAGAAGAGAAUAUGUUUUGGCAGGAGCUUGUUGAUUACACAGUAUUACCUCAGGAUGAGGUACUCCUGCUUGAAGCAGAUCUCAGCCUUAUGUGGAGGAAAAAAGAAAUUAAUAUAGGAAAGUGUAAAAAACGGGAGCCAUGGAUACGGGACAUGCAAUGA